AUGAAUACUCGUCCUGUUCGAGUGGCCAACUGCUCCGGUUAUCAUGGUGACCCUGCAUAUGAGAUGUACCGCCAGGCGACGAUGGGUGAUGUUGACUUCCUCACCGGCGACUACCUCGCAGAGGUCAAUCUUGCGAACAACGCCAAAGCCUGGAGGAAGGGAAAUCACCCCGGCUACGAAGAAACAGCCUGGGAAGGAAUCCGACGGACAAUUGAUGUGAUCGCAGAAAAGGGAAUUCGCGUGGUAACCAACGGCGGUGCUCUCGACCCUAAAGCCCUGGCCUUGAAAGUUCAGGCAUUGGUCUCAGAGAAAGGGUACGAAUUGACGGUGGCAUACGUCUCCGGAGACGAUCUAUAUCCCGACCUGGGGCCGCACAUGCCGACGACGAAGGAGGAAUUGCAGCAUCUGGACUCGGGCAACCCAUCUGCCAAACCCCCCGAGUUGACGUACGCCUUCCUCGACGACCCGGAAAAGAAGAUCCCCAUGAUCUCCGCCCAUGCAUAUCUGGGAGCGCGGGGGAUUGUGGAUGGUCUCCGACGUGGGGCGGACAUUGUUAUCUGCGGCCGGGUGGCGGAUGCAAGUCCUGUCAUCGCUGCCGCUUGGUUUUGGCAUGGUUGGUCUGAGACGGAUUAUGACCGUCUCGCAGGAUCCCUAAUUGCGGGGCACCUGAUCGAAUGCUCUGCCUACGUCACCGGCGGGAAUUUCGCUGGGUUCUACAGAUACGACCUUGAUAGCUUGGUGGCACCGGGGUUCCCAAUUGCCGAAAUCGCAGAUGACGGUUCUUGUGUGAUUACGAAGCACCAACACACCCAGGGCAUGGUCAACGUAGAUACUGUUCGGUGUCAGUUUCUCUAUGAGCUGCAGGGAGAGACCUAUCUCAACAGUGAUGUCAGCGCCUUCGUUGGCGAUGUCUGCAUCGAGGAGGUGGGCCAGGACCGGGUUCGGGUUUCUGGAAUCCGAGGAUCGCCGCCUCCUCCAACCACCAAGCUCGCAGUCUUCUACGAAGCAGGGUUCGAGGCUGAGGUGCUUCUGAACGCGACGGGUUACGCCACUUCUCAGAAGUGGGAUUUAAUCGAGAAGCAAGUCCGCCACUUUGUGUCACAGGCAGUAAUGGAUAAGGUCGAGACACUGGAGUUUCAGCGAGUAGGAACCCCGGCCCAUAAUCCUGCCAGUCAGCUUGAGAGCACGACAUAUAUGCGUGUUUUCAUCGCUGCCCGCUCGCAGGAGACAGUGGCAGCUAUCACGAGUGCUUUCAAGGAGAUCUCGCUGAGGCAUUUUUCGGGGUAUCACUCCUCUCUCGAUACUCGCACUGCCGUCCCACGACCAUUCCUUGCGUACUAUCCUGCGCUCGUGGAUCAGGCCAGCCUCAAAGAAACUAUCAACUUCUUUGUCGACGGCGGCACUGCCAUCAGAUCCUAUGAUACCGGUCAUCCACCUGAAUACCAAGCACUGGACAUCCGUCACAGUCACGAUCCUUCUUCUUCGGGAAACAGAGAUAUUCCAGGAGAGCCCACCAGGCCCAUCCGUCUCGGUGAUGUUGCGCUCGCCCGGUCGGGUGACAAAGGGUCAAAUCUAAACCUCGGGAUAUUUGUACCUGACAACCGCCAUUGGCAAUGGCUCCGGUCGUAUAUGACCAUCGAGCGUCUGCGCUCGCUUCUCGGGGCUGACUGGCGGGACACUUUCUUCGUCGAGCGGGUGGAGUUUCCGCGCAUCCAGGCGGUGCAUUUCGUUGUCUACGGGAUUCUGGGUCGCGGGGUGAGCAGCUCCAGUCGCCUGGAUGGCUUCGGCAAGGGAUUUGCGGACUAUAUUCGGGACAAACUCAUUGACUUUCCUAUUGGGCUGUUCUGA